AUGGGCUUGAAGGAAUGGAGGCCCAAUACGGUAAUAAUAGUGAAGAUCAACACCACAACGGUCACUUUGCAAUGUUUUUGCAAUUGCUCUGGAAAACGACAAAGACAAAAGCAGAAGCAGAGGAAAGAAAGAGCGAAACAGCUCACCGAUGGUCUUCUCUCAGUCUCACCAGUCACCACCGUUGUUUCCUCUUCCUCUCCGAUGGAACUCCCUCCCUAUGAUCCCAAUUUCACAGUGAAAAUUUCAGCAGGCAAUGAGAAAAAAUUCGACUACGAGUUUGACGAAGAGCACGAUGAGUCUCUCUCUGCUGCGGUUGUGGCUGUGGAGCUGAUUAGCUCUGCACGGCUUUCACGGAACCUCGACCGUGUGCGUACCGAGUACUCAGCUCAGUACUUGCUCGACAAGGCUGCUUCUUCGAGCGGACCGAGCCUCACCGUGAGAGAGUGCUUGGAGUUUGCCAUCAAGAACGGCAUACCAAAGGCAGAGGACUGGCCUCUCUUGGGAUCUUCUGACAAGAAGCCACCGCCUUCUUACAAGCCACCUCUCGUCACCAUGAAAGGAGAGGUCGCCGAGCCUGACACUAUGGAUGAAGCUCGUGAGCUGGUGAAGCAUCAAGCGGUGGGAGCAAAAGUGCAUAUCUUCCAUCCUCACGUUGAGCUUCAACAAGGCGCUAUUUACUGUGGGACGUCAGGUGAGCCAGCGACUUACAUGGGACUCAGAGAUGGGAUCUUUACCGGAGUAGAGAAGUUCAAGGGGAAGUCGAUGGCUGUUGUCAAAGUGUGGUACAAGAAGAAGUUCAUCUUCCUCAAAGUGGCUAUGAGCAGGAUGUUCUACGACGCUUAUCUCGACAUUGGCCCUACGAUUCUGCUUGAGAACUUCUGUGCUCCACGCCUGUCCAUCAAGUAA